CCCGCCCGCCCGCCCGGCCCCGACCGCGGCCCCGGCCCGCCCGCCUGGCGCGCCGCGGCCCCGCCCCGGCCCGACCCGGCGCCUCCCGAGGGAGCGGCGCCGCCGGCCGAGCGCAGGCCCGGCCAUGACCGACUUCAAAUUGGGCAUCGUGCGGCUCGGCCGGGUGGCCGGGAAGACCAAGUACACCCUGAUUGAUGAGCAAGACAUCCCGCUGGUGGAGGGCUACUCCUUUGAGGCCCGGAUGGAAGUAGACGCAGAUGGAAAUGGUGCUAAGAUAUUUGCAUAUGCCUUUGACAAAAACCGAGGAAGAGGGUCUGGAAGGCUCCUUCAUGAGCUGCUGUGGGAGCGGCACAGGGGGGGCAUCGCCCCUGGGUUCCAGGUGGUACAUCUCAACGCUGUGACCGUGGACAACCGCCUGGACAACCUGCAGCUGGUGCCGUGGGGCUGGCGGCCCAAAGCCGAGGAGACCUCCAGCAAACAAAGGGAGCAGAGCUUAUAUUGGCUCGCGAUUCAGCAGCUUCCCACGGACCCCAUAGAGGAGCAGUUCCCCGUCCUGAACGUGACCCGGUACUAUAACGCCAAUGGGGACGUGGUGGAGGAGGAGGAGAACUCCUGCACCUACUACGAGUGCCAUUACCCUCCCUGCACGAUGAUGGAGAAGCAGCUCCGGGAGUUCAACAUCUGUGGGCGCUGCCAGGUGGCCCGGUACUGUGGCUCCCAGUGCCAGCAGAAGGACUGGCCUGCCCAUAAGAAGCACUGUCGGGAGAAGAAGCGUCCCUUCCAGCAUGAGCUCGAGCCAGAGCGAUGACCGGGCAGCGGGGCAGCAGUGCAGGCCCCAUGUGUGUGGCUUUUGGACCUUCCUUGGGCACAGCGGACACAGAACACAGACUGGUGGUUGAACCUGGAGGUGCUGAAGAAGCCAGUGCUGAGCACCCAGGAUAGCCGCAUGGAGGCCCCGUGGUCAUGGGUCUUCGUGUGGGUGUUGCGCUCUCCUCAAAGUGUUAAUCUCAAGCAGAGACAGCUGGGGAGGCUCCCGCCAGGAUGCUUCUCAUUAUUUAUAUGUUAAUAUGUUUGUAAACUCAUGUACAGUUUUUUUUGGGGGGGAGGCAGUGAGAGGGUUAGAAAUUACAAAUAGAAUCAUUUGUGGUAAUCCUCAAAUGGCAGACGGUCGGGCCACACGUCUAAAAACUGUCACAUUGCAGAAGCUUCUCUCCUAGGCAGCUGUGGCCCUGAGGAGCGCGGCCUGCGCAGGAGUCAUGUCUAAAAGGCGAAGUAAAGGGGCGGAAUCGUCUAGCGCC